CAUCCAACAUGGCGGCCGAAGCUGCGUCUGUUGUCCGUCAGUAGCCAGGACGGAACCGGGAGGACAGACCGGGAGGACAGACCGGGACAGACCGGGAGGACAGACCGGGACAGACCGGGAGGACAGACCGGGACAGACCGGGAGGACGACCCGGGGCUUCCGGUGUGUGAGGGCGGGACCGGAGGAGCCAGCGGACACGACAGCAGCAACAAGGCCGAGGGAGGAGAGAGAGUUCCGGGUUCGAUUGUUCACCUGCGGACAUGUCUCCAGGCUGAGGUCGUCUCUCGCCCUUCCCUCCCUCUCUCCUGACGAUGGCGAUGGCGCCCCCAGUGAAGCCCUCCAGCCCCUCCCCCCCGGCCCUGGACUCCCUCUCCGUGUCCUCCUUCCUCUCGGGGGAGCUGGACGAGGAGGUGGACGGAGGGGACGGAGAGGACGGCGGUCUCGGGGACCUGGAGGUCAACCCGUACGACAGCCUGCCCUUCUCCUCCCGGUACUACUCGCUGCUGGAGCGGAGGCAGCAGCUUCCUGCGUGGCGUCUGAGGCGGAGCCUGCUGGAGCGUCUGGAGAGUCACAGCAUGGUGCUGCUCAGCGCCCCCAGUGGCAGUGGCAAGAGCACGCAGGUUCCUCAGUGGUGUGUGGAGUACGCGCUGUCCUACGAGUUCUGCCAGGGCCUGGUGUGCUGCUCGCAGCCGCACGCCGCGGCGGCGGUGAGCCUCGCCCUGCGGGUGGCGGAUGAGAUGGACCUCAGCCUGGGUCUGGAGGUGGGCUACAGGGUGUCCCAUGACGACAGCUGCACACCCGACACCCUGCUCAGGUUUGUGAGCGACACGCUGCUGCUGGAGGAGAUGAUGUCCGACCCGCUGCUGCACCAGUACGGCGUGGUGGUGCUGGACGAGCUGCAGGAGCGCACCGUGUCCACCGACGUGCUGCUCGGCCUCCUGGUGGACGUCUGCCGCCAGAGGCCCGACAACUUCAGGGUGGUUCUGCUCUCUCACCCCCUGCUGGCGCCGCGCCUCGCCGGCUUCCUGGGGGACGCCGUGCCUCACCUCUCUCUGGAGAGUGUGACCGGAGGCCGGGAGGAGGCCGGUGGCGAGGAGGAGGAGCAGGAGGAGCAGGAGAAGGAGGCGGAGCAGGAGGUGCAGAGCGUGGAGACGCUGUACAGAGAGCUGCCCUCUGGGAAGGAGCCGCUCGCCGCCGCCUGUCACAUGGUGUUGGAUCUCCACAGGAGAGGAGAGGACGGAGACGUGAUGGUGUUUCUGGCGAGCGCUCAGGAGAUUGAGGAGUGCGCCGCCCUGCUGGAGAAGGAGUGCGUUGCUCUGAGUCCUCAGCUCGGGUCCCUCAGGAUCCUCCCUCUCCACGCCGGACUGGCUGGACUGAACCAGAGGGUCUACGAGUCCGACCCCGAGUCCUCUUCGCUCAGAGGGUCCGGCGGCUCCGAGGGGGGGGAGGGCGGCUCGGCGCCCGGAGGUCCUGGGGUCAAGAGGAAGGUCAUCGUCACCGACACUUUGUCCGAGGCGUCCUUCUCUCUGCCGAGCGUCCGCUACGUCAUCGACACGGGUCUGCAACUCAAAACUGUUUACAACCCACAGAUCAGAGCCAACUCUCAGGUCCUGAGGACGAUCAGCAGACACCAGGCGGACAUGAGAGCUCAGAGGGUCAACAGUCUCCUUCCAGGGUUGUGUCUCCGCCUCUACGCUCGCUCUGUGUACGAGGAGGCGAUGGAGGAGGCGCGCUGCCCGGGCGUGGUGGAGGAGAACCUCAGCCACCUGGUGCUCCUGCUCAAGAGACUGGACAUCGCAGACAUGGGACAGUGCAAGUUCCUGGACCGACCAGCCCCGGAGGCGCUCAUGCAGGCCCUGGAGGACCUGGACUACCUGGCGGCGCUGGACGAUGACGGGAACCUGUCGGAGGUCGGCAUCAUCAUGUCGGAGCUGCCGCUGGAGCCGUCGCUGGCCAAGGCUCUGAUCGCCGCCUGCGAGUACGACUGCGUGGACGAGCUGCUCACGAUCGCCGCCAUGCUCACAGCGCCGUCGUGUUUCAUGGCGGUUGAAUCCAGCCGAGAGGAAGCAGCCGUCGCACACUGGAGAUCUCUGAUGCACACGGAGGGAGAUCACAUGACGCUCAUCAACAUCUACACAACCUUCACUGAGCAUAAUCGGGACGAGUCGUGGUGCACGACAAACUUCCUCAGUCCCGCCUCCUUGCGGCGGGCGGCGGUGAUCAGGGCGGAGCUUCUGGAGGUGAUGCAGCGGAUCGAGCUUCCUGUUUCUCCUCCUGCUUUCGGGUGUCAGGACAACUGCACCAAUAUCAAGCGGGCGCUCAUCUCAGGAUUCUUCCUCAAACUGGCUCACGACGUGGACGGAUCAGGAAACUACCUCCUGCUCUCUCACCGCCACGUCGCUCACCUGCACCCGUUCUCCUCCUACCGCUGUCGCCAGCCCUGCCCCGCCCCCCCCGACUGGGUCCUCUACCACGAGUUCACCAUCUCGCGGGACAACUGCAUCCGCAUCGCCUCCGAGGUCCAUCCCCAGAUGCUGGUGGAGCUGACGCCUCAGUACUACCUGGGCAACCUGCCGGCCAGCGACGGCAAGCAGCUGCUGGCCGAGCUGAGGCAGAACCUGCAGGGCGCCGAGCGGGACGCAGGCUGGGGGGGCGAGCCGGGCCGCACCCACAGGGACGCCGCCGGGCCGCGGGACGACGAGUCCGGCACCGACCUCUGCGUCGUCCAAUGAGACGCAGCCGCUCGGGGACACGUCACAGACGUCACUUUAUUGUCCCAUCUGAGAUUUUACUGAAACUCUAAUGUACAGAAGUGUGUUGAUCUCUCGUGUUCACAGAGACUCUGUCGUGCUGUUUGUCUGCUUUGUACAUUUUAAUGUUAUUUUAAAUAUUUUUUUUAAUUUAAUGAGGGAUUUGUUAACGAUUCAAUCAUUGUUCUCACUGUUUGUUUAGUCACAGAGAAAUAUGUUUGAAUCAAAAACUGGGAAAAUGAAGGGAGGCGUAAUAAUUUAUCAAACACUGACGAGUCCUUUUGUAUUUAAAGUAUUAGACUGAAACUGCUUGGUAUGCGACCUUUGACCUUUACAGAUCCGAUGCUUCCUCACUGUGAUGAUCUGCAGCCGUGACCUCACAGCUUCUAUUUUCAGCUUUUUGAUAAACUUUUGAACAGUUAGAUUUUUCCUGCGUUGGUUCUUUUUCUCCGACUUUGUCAACAGUGAAAAAAUCUUUGUAAAGUGGAUUUUUUAACAGGAAGCAGAAUGAGCUUUAAAUAAAAGAGAUUUUUUUUCA